AUGCCUCUUGAGGAACUCUCCCUUCGAACCAAUCACUCAAGCAGUGUUCGAUUCCUGAUGCCGAUCCAAAAUCAAAGACGCAGUGUUUGGAUCUCCCUUCCUCGCAUGGAUCUUAUAUCUACCAAAGCCCCGCAGAGUGGUAAACGCUGCUCCUGUUGUUACAGAGGUGAAAGGGGUGGCCUGGAUUGUUUGGGAGACUUUAUUCCUGGCAUGUCGGAUGCGGCCGCUAUCGUCCAUACAGCAUCAAUUCGGUCGAUCAACAUUUUCAAAGGCCCGGCCCCAGCCCCCGAAGACGGUCCUCCUCUCUCAGCUUCCGCAACUCGCGAUCUCAGUCUCCUCUGGCGAGAAAUUGUCGCCAUAGUAGGCGCAUACGUUGGCACAGUAGUUAUAUUCCUGGGUUGCCUUCUCACGACAGGGAGACGGCUGCGUCGCAGCGCACAACAAUCGAACCGAACACUGGACAUGGAAAUGAUCAAACCGCAAAAACCAACACUUAACACCACAAUAAACCCAGCAACACCUAGCAGACUUUGGUUAACUCCAGAAAGCGGAAUAGAUUCUCAAAUGUGGCCGAGCCCAAAGAAAGGGAAAUCCAGCUUUAGCAUGCCUUGGUCUAACACUUCUAGAAGUCCUACUUCUCCUGCCUCCCAAACCGGAAGCAUGGCCACAUUUGAUGAGACCAUAGUACAAGCAGACCGAAUGAGAGCCCAAGAUGAGAUGGAACGGCUCUACGCCGCGGUUAUGGAACAUGACGCAAAGCAAUCUCGUGCUGUAUACGAGACGAACGAAGACGAAAACUUGUCCCCGGCUCAACAACAAGUGUCGUCCUCCCCUGAAUCCAUCCAAGGUCCUCCAGAAUUCCGACAUCUCAGACAUACCGCACUACCUGCCCAUCCACAACAGGCCCGAUUGAAGAAUCAGCCCGCAUUCCCACCCCCGAAAGAUCCUUCAGUACUACAGCAGCAGCAACAUCAACAUCAACAACUACCUACCUCCCCUCUAUCUCCUAUAGCUCAUCGAUUAUCAAGGCUUUCCAACUUGUCAUUCCUCGGCUCUCGUUCUCGUGACACUACGGCGGGUGGCAAAGCUCGCAGGAAGUCGGUGCGAAAUCUUCCAAUCUCACCGCCCAUGGGAUCUCCGGCACUUACCUCGAGUAACUAUUCCGAAACCCAACCGUUAUCGCCACGGAUAUACAGCCCAGGACCUCCCCCACCUAAUCCAAGCCAAAAAUCGCUUGAUCCCCCAAGCCGAAAAACUCCCACACCUCUCAAUAUUCGAACCGGCAGUAGUAACUCGACCCUACCAUUUCGCGCAUUCGCUUCACCUACAAGUGCUACACCAACUAAAACCACAGUUGUUGAGCGUCGCGAGAGUAUGUUGAGGGCAGGCGGCCCUCGAACCGGGGUCCCGCAGACUCCAUAUUCCCCUUAUAUGCCCUUCACGCCGAUCACACCCAUUACCCCUAGUCAUAUUGUCACGAGACGGGAACGGAAACAGAAAAGGAAGGAGAAUGGGCUGCGAGUGCAACAGGAGGAGGAUCUAGUCAUGAGCGAUGAGGAUAUGUGGGGAACAUAA